AUGAAGUUCGAGAUUACACCUUCUCGCGCAGCUGCGCUUGUCGCCCUCAUUGCAAGCGCCGAGGCCGCGAAGCAUGGCCAUGGCCAUAGCCAACACCACGAGACUCGGGAAGUCGCCUUGGAGAAGAGGGGUGGCCAGUGCCAAUUCCCCUCCGACGCUGGCCUGGUGUCUGUGACUCCGAAUGAAAAGAACGCCGGAUGGGCCAUGAGCCCCGACCAGCCCUGCAAGCCUGGUAACUACUGCCCAUAUGCCUGCCCUCCGGGUGAGGUCUCCAUGCAGUGGGACCCCAAGGCUACUUCCUACUCUUACCCCAUGUCCAUGAACGGUGGUCUUUACUGUGACGAGAGCGGAAAGAUUCAGAAGCCCUUCCCGGAGCGCGACUACUGUGAGUCGGCUGUCGGUGUCGUCAAGGCUCACAAUAAGGCUGGCAAGCCUGUGUCCUUCUGCCAGACUGUGUUGCCUGGAAACGAGGCCAUGAUCAUCCCCACCUUGGUCGAGGAGCUGGCCGAUCUGGCUGUCCCUGGAACCUCCUACUGGUGCUCCACCGCUGCCCAGUACUACAUCAUGGCUCCUGGUGUGAGCCCCGAAGACGGCUGCGUCUGGGGUACCAGCGCCAAAGACAUCGGUAAUUGGACGCCUUACACUGCUGGCGCCAACACCGACGACAACGGAGAAACUUUCCUCAAGAUUGGAUGGAACCCUAUCUACUUGGAGCCCACGACUCCCUUCCGCCACGUCCGUCCCGAGUUCGGUAUCGAGAUCGAGUGCGAGGGUGACGGCUGCAAGGGUCUUCCUUGCAAGAUCGACCCCGCUGUCAACGACGUCAACGAAAUGAUUGGUGACCCCUUCACUGGCGCUGGCGGUGCCACUGGCUGUGUUGUGACCGUCCCCAAGGGCGAGACCGCUCACAUCGUUGUCUUCGAGAAGGGCGGCAGUGGUGGCUCUUCGUCCGAGACCCUCUCCGUCCCCACUAGCUCUGCUACCUCCAGCUCUACCUCCACCUCCAGCUCCAGCUCCAGCUCCAGCUCCAGCUCCAGCUCCAGCACUAGCACUAGCACCUCGACACCCACCCCUACCCCGACUAGCACCAGCACCAGCACGACCGAGACCCCAACGAGCACUCCCACCCCCACCUCCACCCCUACCCCCUCGUCGACCUCCACCGCAACUGCCACCUCCACCUCCAGCUCUACCUCCACCAUCACCUCUAGCUCGACCAAGAAUGCCAUUUCGAGCGUCACUCCUUCAGGCAGCACCCGCUUGCCCAAGUCGAGCCCCUCGCUGAGCUACACCUACCAGCCUCACAUCCUGACUGGUUCUGCUGAUAUCUCCGAGGCCUCCUCGACCACCGGUGCCGCCGCCGCAUCCUCCUCCUCUGGUACGGGUGGUGCUACCAGCGCCACCGUCUCCAUGAUGACCCUUGCUCUCGGUGCUGUUGCCGCCGUUGCUAUGAACCUGUAG